AUGAAAUUCGUUUUAAUUGUGUUUUUAGCAUUUGUUUAUGCUAAAGUUGGAUGUGAUACUGAUAACAAGGAAAGAGUAAAAGAAAGGGGGAUGUCUAAAAAGAAGGAAGAUGAGUUAUUAGAAUUGCAUAAUGAACAUAGAAAUGAUGUUGCUGUAGGAAAAUAAAAAAAUUGGUAAGGUAAAUUUUAAACAGCUUCAAAUAUGAAUUAUGUAAAAUGGGAUAAUCAAUUGGCUAGAUUUGCAUAAGAUUGUGCAGAUAAAUGUCCAGCCAAUUUUAGAAUUGAUUGUUCUUUUCCUCCUUAAUAUGGUUAUGUGGCAUAUUUAGGUGAUGUUGAAAAUGGUGGUGCUGAUUGGACUGCUAAAAGAGUAUUUAAGAAAUGGGCUUAACAUGAAGAUCAUGCAAGAUAAAUUGAAACGGCUUAAGUUUAAUUCUUUGGAUGUGGUAGAUCAUAAGUUAGUAGAAAAAAUGGAAUGAGUGAUGAAAUUGUAGUAUGUGUAUACAAUAGAGUAAUAUAUCUUUUAUAUUUUAGAAACCAAAUUUACAUGGUGAUGUCUAUAAAGCAGGAGUUGCAGGAUAAGAAUGUUUACAUGGACGUAAAAAAGGAUAUCUAGGAUUAUGUAAACAUAGUGCAACUGAUAUGAGUGUUUUAAAUUUUAAACAUUAAAAAAAGAAUAAUGAAUAUAAGUUUCAUUAAUAAGAAGUAAAACAUCACAAGGGUCAUAAACAUCAUAAAAAUAAUGAAGGACAUAAAAAACUUUAUUGA